AUGCCUAAAAAUCGCCCUGCCACGUCAGGGUACGCACGGCUUGCUCAAGAAGAGGAAGACCGUGGCUACCUCCACGACGACUCCGAUGAUGAUGAAUUGGGCGCACCUGCCUCGACCGUGUCUACUUCAGCACCUCGCUAUGCUCCCAUUUCUCGAACCCAGACGCAGGCGUCCGGUCUCACCUCGCCCCCAGGUCAUCGACGUCGAAACAGUGGAUACCAACGACGAGGUCGUCGAAACUCCGGCGUGGAUAUUAAAGCUAUCAACGCGCGCUUGGAACGGUGGGCCGAUGAGAUCGCCGCAAAGUUCAAGAUCAAUAGGGUUAAAGGCAAGACUUAUGAGGAAGAGAAGCUUGAGAUUUACCACUCGGUCUUCCAGGCGCCCGACGGGGUGCGCCCGAUCUCUGCAGAGGCUUUAGAGUCUGACGAGUUUGAGGGAGAUCAGCGCAGAGCCCGGGCUGAGUUUGAAGAGAUCGUCGAAAGCGUUCGUGUGGCUAUUGAGAUGGAUGUGCACCCGAAGAUGAUCUCUCAAGGUAGUUCUGGAAGUUAUUUUGCUCGGAAUCCCGCUGGCAAAGUCGUGGGUGUCUUCAAGCCUAAAGAUGAAGAACCUUAUGCCUCUCGGAAUCCCAAAUGGACUAAAUGGAUUCACCGGAAUCUGUUCCCCUGCUGUUUCGGACGCGCGUGCCUGAUUCCUAACCUCUCCUACGUCUCCGAAGCUGCCGCAUAUGUUCUUGACGCCCGCCUCCGUACCAACCUGGUCCCUUACACCGACGUUGUUUAUCUUUCUUCAAAAUCAUUUUUCUACGACUUCUGGCAACGGCGCGGCGCAUGGAAGGGCAAAAAAUCGCUACCCGCGAAACCUGGAAGUUUUCAGGUCUUCUUGAAAGGAUACAAAGACGCCAACAUUUUCCUCCGCGAGCACCCAUGGCCUGACCAUACGAACACUGGAUUUCGUGCGACAGACGCCCCGAAACGCAAGAAGCGGCCAUGGAAUGAGGCAUGCCGCCCAUUGGGGAUGCAGUCCGACGAUGAGGAUGAAGAGGACAAUAUUCAAAUGCCCUCACCCAAUUCGCGAGAACAAAGUAAUGAACGCCGAUUCAACUGGACAGAGAAUUUGAAACAAUCAUUCCGCGAAGAGCUGGAGAAACUGGUCAUCUUGGACUAUAUCAUGCGCAACACGGAUCGUGGAUUGGACAACUGGAUGGUCAAAAUUGACUGGGGGAAUGAGCAGGUAUCAAUUGUGGCAGACCCUCCGAAGUCCAACGAACCGCAACUUCAACAUAAUGAAGACGAACUCAUGCCUCCUCCGCGCCCCGUAUCUGUCAACUCUAACGGCACAAAUGCUUCGGCUCCCUACAAGCGCCACGAUCCCAUGGUGGCUAUUAGCCGUACAGGUACUCCCCUGGCUUCCUCCGAACAACAGGCCACAGUCCAAGUAGGCGCCAUCGACAACAGCUUGUCCUGGCCCUGGAAGCAUCCGGAUGCCUGGCGGAGCUUUCCAUUCGGCUGGCUUUUCCUUCCAGUGUCUCUGAUCGGACAGCCGUUCUCCCAAAAGACCCGCGAUCACUUUCUUCCCCUACUCACGUCAACUGCCUGGUGGAGCGGGACCCAGAUGGCGCUGCGAAAGAUCUUCUCACAAGAUGAUGACUUCAAGGAGAGCAUGUUUGCUCGUCAGAUUGCAGUCAUGAAAGGUCAGGCUUGGAAUGUGGUCGAGACCUUGAAGCACCCAGAUCAUGGGCCUCUUGAACUUACCCGCAGAACCCGUGUCUGUGUCUGGGAUGACCUGGUCGAUGUACCUAUUGCGAUUCCAAUGCAGGUACCCACCGAAAUGCAAAAACGGCAGCAAAGCACGAAUUAUGACAACAAUGAAGAAGACGAAAUGGACAUCAGUGCCGCAAACUCGAGCACUGCACUCGAGCACGAUCUUCUUGGUCUUGGCAGUUCAAACGACCUUCCUAAUCCGAACCGGUUCGAGCUAUCGCGUGGACGUGCCAAUGGACGAGCUACUGACUCUUUCGGUAGUCCGGAAACUACCAACAAUGGUGACUACCAGCGUCGAAACAUGGAUGGAACCUAUGCUCGCUCUCUGGAUGGAUGGCCCGAGCUUUCCUCACGACCAAAUAAACACCGCAAGCAAGGUGGCUCGGUCUCUUUCCGUCCUCCCAUGUCAACACAUUCGGCAGCGAUGAUCUUGAAGGAGAUCUCGGCUAUGCUGCCGCCGAAGAACCCAGUCUUCACCUGGUGCUGA